AUGCUGCCAGCCCAUCACCUGGCGACAGUGCUUUUCCUCGUCCUCGCCCAUCUCGUCCAAAUCGCAACAUGCCAAAUCAAAGGCGUCAACCUCGGCGGCUGGCUUCUCUCCGAGCCCUGGAUAACCCCCUCCCUCUACGACAACGUCUCCGCCGAAGAUGAAUGGCAUCUCUGCGACGAGCUAGGCAAAGACUCCUGCUCACAGCUCCUUCGAACGCAUUGGAAAUCUUUCUUGAACCAGAGUGAUUUCCAGGCGAUUCAGAGCGCUGGGCUGAAUGCUGUAAGGAUUCCGAUUGGGUACUGGGCGGUGGAUCUGGAGGAUUGGGAGCCGUAUGUUGAUGGGCAGUUUGAUUAUCUUGCCCGGGCGGUGAGGUGGGCGGACGAGGCGGGGUUGGAUGUGAUUGUUAGUUUGCAUGGUCUUCCUGGGAGUCAGAAUGGGCAGGAGAAUUCUGGGCUCGCGGGCGAGAUUUUGUUUGCGAGCAAUUCGUCGAAUUUCGAGAGGAGUUUGAGGGUCUUGACGAAUCUUUCGGCGGAGUUCUCGCAGGAUGUGUAUGGUGGUGCUGUGAAAUCAAUUGAACUCGCAAACGAGCCGCGAAUAGGCUCAUCACUGCCUUUCGAUGACUUGCUUGAAUACUACCAGAGGGGCAGCGAUGCCGUCCGAGCGGAAGAUCCUAGCUCGUCCAUCAAUAUAACCAUCCAUGAUGCUUUCCAACCUCUCACAUCCUGGGAGGCUCACACCUCAACCGCAAACAUCACCCGGCUGCCAACCACAAGUCUGACCUUGGAUACGCACCAAUACUACGCAUUCUACCCACACGGGAACCUGUCAGAAAGCGCAAUACUCGACUCAGUAUGCGCAGUCUCGAAGCAACUGAAGGAGAAGUCGUCGAAAAGCAAGCUCCCUCCCGUGCUCGUUGGCGAAUGGAGCUUAGCUCAAAACUCAUCCAUGCUCCCCGAGAACUACGCUUCAAAUGGAACAGAAUACACCUCCUGGCUGCGCCUCUUCUUUGAAGCCCAGCAUGCAGCCUACUCUCCCAACGGGCCUCAUCAGGCUUCGACAGGCUGGAUCUUCUGGACUUGGAGGACCGAGAACGAUGUGGCGAUGUGGUCCUAUCGUCAAGGGCUUGCUGAGGGGUAUAUUCCGGCGAACGUGAGCGAUAGCUCGUUGUUGAAAUACAAGGUGGAUAAGCAUGGUUGUGUGAAGAGUUUGGCCGGGAGGGCUGCUUCGGUCAGCAAGGUGUUGGUGGUGGUUGGUUUCGUUGCCGCUGUAUUUACUUACUCAUAA